AAGGAGUAUUUUAUUAUUAUUGAAAAAAGAUCGGAUUUGAUGGGCGAUUAUUUUGGAAAUAAAUCCGGUGCACAUGCAAAUCCAGACAAAGGACGAAGAGAUUUGGAUACGGAUUCGAAUCAUCUGGAAUUCUCAAGAUUAAUUAUCGGAGAAGAUGGAUGCGAAGGAAGAAGAAUUUAUCGAGCAUAAGGCUUACGCCAGGAUCGGAUUUCUGGGAAACCCAAGUGAUGUCUACAAUGGCAAAACCAUCUCCAUUAGCAUUUCCAAUUUCUGGGCUUCUGUUCGGUUGGUUCCGUCUGAUCGUCUCGUCAUUAUGCCUCAUCCUGUCUACGAUCUCGUCGAGUUUGAUUCUCUUAAUCAUUUGGUUCACCGUCUAGAGUCUGACGGUUUCUAUGGCGGUGCACGUUUGCUUAUGGCCAUCUGUAAGGUCUUCUACAAGUACUGCAAAAGAAAAGAAAUGGAUCUUCACGAUAGGAGUUUCACUCUUUCAUAUGAAACCAAUAUUCCUCGACAGACAGGACUUUCCGGUUCUAGUGCCAUUGUAUGUGCUGCCCUGAACUGUAUGCUUGACUUCUAUAAAGUUAGGCAUCUGGUGAAAAUGGAAGAGAGGCCUAAUCUUAUUUUGGAUGCGGAGAAAGAGCUUGGAAUUGUUGCUGGUCUCCAAGACCGGGUGGCACAAGUUUAUGGUGGACUCGUUUUUAUGGACUUCAGCAAAAAUCACAUGGAUGAAUUGGGACAUGGUAUUUACAUACCAAUGGAUACUAGUCUACUUCCUCCUCUAUACCUCAUAUAUGCUGAAAAUCCUAGUGAUUCUGGAAAGGUGCAUAGUACUGUGAGGCGAAGAUGGCUAGAUGGUGAUGAGUUCAUACGAUCUACAGUGAAUGAAGUUGCUAAUUUGGCUGUGGAGGGAAGACAAGCCUUACUCGAAAAGGACUACGCCAAACUGGCAUCCCUGAUGAAUCACAAUUUUGACCUUCGCAGACGUAUGUUUGGAGAUGAUGUUCUUGGUGAUAUAAAUCUAAAGAUGGUGGAAGUAGCACGGGAGGUAGGUGCUGCAUCAAAAUUUACGGGCAGUGGAGGGGCUGUUGUUGCAUUUUGCCCAGAUGGAGAAUCGCAAGUUGAGCUACUAGUGGAGACCUGUAAGAAAGCUGGUUUUGUCAUUCAACGAGUUCAAGUCGCUUCGUCAGUUUCAAAUGACCUAGAUCAUAAGAGCUCUUCUUUGACAUGAUAAAGAUUUGUCUCCAGCUUCAUCAUAUCCUUCCAUCUCGAAGAUCUUACCUAGAUCUGAGGAUAUAUUCCAUCAUCUUAUUUCGUUGAGUUGUUUUUAUAGGUAUACGAAGAUAAAGCGUGAAUAUUACCGUGAUUUGUCUCAUAAUAACUAGAACAUGUACUACAGGAAGAUUGUUGUUUUGAUUCAGUUGGGUACCAAGAAUCAUCGAAUGUUAAGAUUCAAAUUCUGUAUUUCUUUUUGCCGUUGAUAUAAAGAAAUGAGGAAGCACAAGUUACACAAGCACAAGUUAAACAAAUUUGAUCAUCAAGCAACUCUAAGUCA